GCGCGCCGCCCUCGGUGAGGAAAGGAAGUUGGCCUCAGAGCAGCCUGGGCCGUGUGGGCAAGGCCGCGCGCGGGCGGCGGCGGCGGCUGCUUCGACCAACUGAGGGUAACGCGAUGGGAGACGAGAUGGAUGCCAUGAUCCCCGAGCGGGAGAUGAAGGAUUUUCAGUUUAGAGCACUGAAGAAGGUGAGAAUCUUUGACUCGCCUGAGGAGUUGCCCAAGGAACGCUCGAGUCUGCUUGCCGUGUCCAACAAAUACGGCCUGGUCUUUGCUGGUGGAGCCAGUGGGUUGCAGAUUUUUCCUACGAAAAAUCUUCUGAUUCAAAAUAAACCUGGUGACGAUCCCAAUAAGAUAAUUGAUAAAGUUCAAAGCUUGCUGGUUCCUAUGAAAUUCCCGAUACACCACCUGGCCCUGAGCUGUGAUAACCUCACACUCUCCGUGUGCAUGAUGUCCAGUGAAUAUGGUUCCAUUAUCGCUUUUUUUGAUGUUCGCACAUUUUCAAAUGAGGCCAAACAGCAAAAACGCCCAUUUGCAUAUCACAAGCUUUUGAAAGAUGCAGGAGGCAUGGUGAUCGAUAUGAAGUGGAACCCUACUGUUCCCUCCAUGAUGGCAGUUUGUCUGGCCGAUGGCAGCAUUGCUGUCCUGCAAAUCACAGAAACAGUGAAAGUGUGUGCGACUCUCCCUUCCACAGUGGCAGUAACAUCUGUGUGCUGGAGCCCCAAAGGAAAGCAGCUGGCAGUGGGGAAGCAGAAUGGAACUGUGGUCCAGUACCUUCCCACUUUGCAGGAAAAAAAAGUCAUCCCUUGCCCACCGUUUUAUGAGUCAGAUCAUCCUGUCAGAGUUCUGGAUGUGUUGUGGAUUGGCACUUACGUCUUCACAAUCGUAUAUGCUGCUGCGGAUGGGACCUUGGAAACUUCUCCAGAUGUGGUGAUGGCUCUCCUCCCGAAAAAAGAAGAAAAGCACCCAGAGAUCUUUGUGAACUUCAUGGAGCCCUGCUAUGGCAGCUGCACGGAGCGGCAGCACCAUUACUACCUCAGCCACAUCGAAGAGUGGGAUUUAGUGCUGGCUGCAUCUGCGGCUUCAACAGAAGUCAGUAUCCUUGCUCGACAGGCAGAUCAGAUUAAUUGGGAAUCUUGGCUCCUGGAGGAUUCUAGUCGAGCUGAACUGCCUGUGACAGACAAGAGUGAUGACUCGCUGCCUGUGGGAGUUGCCAUCGACUAUACUAACCAAGUGGAAAUCACCAUCAAUGAUGAGAAGACUCUCCCACCGGCUCCAGUUCUUAUGUUACUUUCAACAGAUGGUGUGCUUUGUCCAUUUUAUAUGAUCAAUCAAAAUCCCGGGGUUCGGUCCCUCAUGAAGACGCCGGAAAGGCUCUCAUUAGAAGGAGAGCGACAACCCAAGUCAUCAGGGAGUACUCCCACUACCCCAACCUCGUCUCAAGCCCCACAGAAGCUCGACGCGCCAGCCCCUGCAGCCCCGGGUCCACCGGGUCCACCGGGUCCACCUUCGUCACUGUCUGCUCCCCCCUCCACCUUCUCUUUGCCUUCUGCUGUUGGAGCUCCUUCUGUGUUCUCCUUCGGCUCUUCAUCCUUGAAGUCAUCUGCUGCUGUCCCAGGGGAGCCCCCUCCAUAUUCCAGUGGCUCGGGCGCGUUCAUCUUCUCUUUCCCUCCUCCUUCUCAAGCCUCCCUAGCACCCACCCCUGGAGCCUCUCCCAUGACGCCAUCCGCAACCUCGUUCUCCUUUGGAUCCUUGGGUUUUAAGCCUACCCAGGAAAGCACGCCGAUGUCGAGUGCGUCUGUUCCAAACAUAGGACUGAAGACCGCCUUACCACCCUCAUCGGUCAAGGUCAACCUUAGUGAGAAGUUCACUGCCGUGGCUCCCUCCACUCCUGCCAUCAGCUCCCAGGGUGCGCCCGCGACACUGCCGUUCCCCUCUGCCUCCAAGCCGGCUGCUUCUGGACCCCUCAGCCACCCCACUCCGCUCUCAGCACCACCCAGCUCCAUGUCAAAGUCCUCAGUCUCUCCCUCGGCGUCAGCAGGGCGGUCUACUCAGGGCAGCCCAGGCCCUGUGCCCUCCAUAGUGCAAAAGUCACCCAGGAUAACCCCUCCGCUGGCCAAGUCAGGCUCUCCCCAGGCGAAAUCACUUCAGCCUCCCGUUGCAGAGAAGCAGGGACACCAGUGGAAAGAGUCAGAUCCCGUGAUGGCUGGAAUCGGGGAGGAGAUCGCGCACUUUCAGAAGGAGUUGGGAGAACUGAAAGCCCGGACUUCCAAAGCCUGUUUCCAAGUGGGUGCUUUGGAGGAGAUGAAGAUGCUGCGGACAGAGUCCGACGACCUGCACACCUUUCUCUUGGAGAUCAAGGAGACCACGGAGUCUCUCCAUGGAGACAUCAGUACCCUGAAAACAACUUUACUUGAGGGCUUUGCUGGUGUGGAAGAAGCCAGGGAACAAAACGAGAGGGAUUGCGACUCUGGGUAUCUGCACUUGCUCUAUAAGAGACCCCUGGACCCCAAGAGCGAAGCCCAGCUCCAGGAAAUUCGGCGCCUUCAUCAGUAUGUGAAAUUUGCUGUCCAGGAUGUGAACGAUGUGCUAGACUUGGAAUGGGAUCGGCAUCUGGAACAAAAGAAAAAACAAAAGCGCUUGCUUGUGCCAGAGCGAGAGACGCUGUUUAACACGCUAGCCAACAACCGGGAAAUCAUCAACCAGCAGAGGAAGAGGUUGAAUCACCUGGUGGACAGUCUCCAGCAGCUCCGUCUCUAUAACCAAACCUCCCAGUGGAGCCUGCCCUCGGAUGUCAGCUCCCAGAGCAGCACUCAAGGUUUUGACAGUGACCUUGAAAGUCUCCGUAAUGCUUUGUUGAAAACCACCAUAGAAUCUCACACCAAGCCCUUGUCCAGAGUGCCAGCUAAACUGUCCCCCGUGAAGCAAGCACAGCUAAGAAACUUUUUGGCCAAGAGGAAGACCCCUCCAGUGAGAUCCACUGCCCCAGCCAGCCUGUCCCGGUCAGCCUUCCUGUCUCAGAGAUACUACGAAGACUUGGACGAAGCCAGUUCCACAUCAUCUGUGUCCCAGUCGUUGGAGGGCGAGGACGUGCGGGUGUCCUGUAAGGACGAUGACACGGUGGCCCAGGUCCCACGGCACGCGCCUGUGGUGCGCACCCCUUCCAUCCAGCCCGGAGUCUUGCCGCAGGCAACGCCUUUUGCUAAAUCUCCCCUGAUUCAUGGUUCGCCUGGCGUGAUGGGAACGACCACGUCGACGUCUGCUAGCAAAAUUAUUCCUCAAGGAGCGGACAGCACAAUGCUUGCAACCAAAACUGUGAAGCAUGGCGCCCCUGGUCCUUCCCACAGCCUCUCGGCCCCCCAGGCGGCCGCUGCUGCAGCACUGAGACGUCAGAUGGCCAGCCAGACCCCAGCUGUAAGUACUUUGACUGAAUCAACUCUGAAGAAUGUCCCUCAAGUGGUAAAUGUGCAGGAACUGAAGACAAAUCCUACCGCCACCUCCGCAGCCAUGGGUUCUUCGGUGCCAUACUCUGCAGCCAAGACCUCUCACCCCACGAUGACCCCAGCGGCUGCUAACCAGGCUAAGCAGGGAUCUCUGAUAAAUUCCCUGAAGCCAUCAGCGACCAUACCAGUGUCUGGUCAGUUGUCAUCAGGUGAUAAAGCUUCAGGGCCAGGGGCAGCCAAGAUAGAAACAGCUGUGACUUCUCCCCCGCCUGCUGCUGGGCACCUCAGCAAGUCUUUCUCAUUUUCUCCAGCAGGGACUGGCUUUAAUUUUGGGAUAAUCACACCAACCCCGUCUUCUAACAUCACCACCACACAAGGGGCUACACCCCCAACUAAGGAGUCACACCAGCUCGACGCAUUCUCAUUUGGCGGGGGAGGCAAACCCUUUUACGAGCCCACUGCUGAAAGCUCGCCCCCGUCUGGGAUGACAGCGCCACCCAGCGCCGGAGCCUCUCCCGCUGAGCCUGCGCCUUCCAGCAACCGGCCAGCGGCCCCUUCUGGAGUUGCUCUUUCUGCUGCCUCUGGCAAGCUGGAAACUCCACCGUCCAAGUUGGGAGAGCUUCUGUUUCCAAGUUCUUUGGCUGGAGAGACCCUGGGAAGUUUCUCAGGACUGCGUGUUGGCCAAGCAGACGAUGCUACAAAGCCAGCCGCUAAGGCUCCGUCCACAAGCCUGACUAGCGCCCAGCCGACCACGACGUCAGCCGUCCCAUCGGGGUUUAGUUUUCCCGGCUCUCCCAUGUUAGGGAAGCACGCAGACCCCGCCGUGACCUCCCCUGUGACCGCUGCUGCAGGGGCGCCGGCGGCGGCCGGCACAAGCACGAGCGGUUCGUCGACUGGCAUCUUCAGCGGUCUGCCCCUCACCAGCACGGCGUCCCCCGUGGUGGGCGGCUUCAGCGGGAUGGCCCCAAGUGGCAGCAAGACCGGUUUGUCCUUUGGAAGCCAGCAGACCAGUAGUACAGUGCCCCCGUCCACCCCUCCAUCAGCGACAACUGCCACUCCCCUUCCCACCUCGUUCCCCACCUUGUCGUUUGGUAGCCUCCUGAGCCCAGUGUCCGCUCCCACCCUGCCCGUGUCCUCUGCGAAAAACACAGAGGAGGCCACGUCCUCGGCUUCACCCGAGAAUCCAGACAGCAGCGAGGCUGCAGCAUCCACAGCUUCGCUUCUCGGGCAGCACCCGUCAGCCCCCCUCCCCCCAGCUCCUAUACAGGCGUCCGACUCCGUUAAAAAAGAAGCUGCCCUUGUGCCCCCCGCGGUCAGCAGCCCUGGCCCUGCAGCGUCUGGUCCCAGUCUCGUGGCCCCCAGUGCAGAGGCCACCCCGGCAGCGUCUGUGGUCCCUGAUGUCAAGACGGAGCCGGCAUCUCCUACUCCCGUGCUCUCGGCACCCGGGCAGCCCGCUGUCACGGCCGCUGCGGCCCCAGGCACCGGCCCCGUGGCCAUUGAGACCCCGGUUCCCCCAACGACCUCCAGCUCUGUUGCCAGCGUUGCUUCGAGCCCAGCGACGGAGGCGGCAGCAUUUGGGACCGCCACUUCGGGCUCCUCUGUCUUCACUCAGCCGCCUGCUGCCAGCUCUAGCUCGGCUUUCAGCCAGCUCACCAGCAACACGGCCACUGCCCCUUCCGCCACCCCCGUGUUUGGGCAGGUGGCGGCCAGCACCACCCAGAGCCUGUUUGGGCAGCAGGCGGGCGGCGUGGCCAGCACGGCAACCGCCACACCGCCGGCCAGCAGCUCGGGCUUUGGCAGUCCUGCCUUCGGCAGCUCAGCCACUGGGGUCUUCGGACAGACGACGUUUGGGCAGGCCCCGGCCUUCGGGCAGUCAACGAGCAGCCCUUCGAGCAGCUUUUCCUUCAGUCAGCCUGGGUUCGGCUCCGCGCCUGCUUUCGGCCAGCCUGUGUCCUCCAGCCCGACGUCCGCCAGUGGGAGCGUCUUUGGUGCCUCCUCUGGCACCAGCAGCUCCAGCUCCUUCUCAUUCGGCCAGUCUUCUGCCAACACGGGGGGCGUGCUAUUCGGCCAGAGCAACCCUCCUGCGUUCGGGCAGAGUCCUGGCUUUGGGCAGGGAGGCUCUGUGUUUGGUGGCACCUCAGCCACCACCACAACGGCAUCAUCCUCUGGGUUUAGCUUUUGUCAAGCUUCAGGUUUUGGGUCUAGUAAUACCGGUUCUUUGUUUGGUCAAGCAGCCAGCACUGGUGGAACAGUAUUUGGCCAGCAGCCCUCUUCCAGCGGGAGCGUGUUUGGGUCUGGAAACACUGGAAGAGGGGGAGGUUUCUUCAGUGGCCUUGGAGGGAAACCCAGCCAGGAUGCAGCCAACAAAAACCCAUUCAGCUCGGCCAGCGGGGGCUUCGGAUCUGCAGCCACCCCAAAUACCUCUAAUCUAUUUGGAAACAGUGGGGCCAAGACGUUUGGUGGCUUUGCCGGCUCAUCGUUUGGAGAGCAGAAGCCUGCCGGCACUUUCAGCUCUGGAGGAGGAAGUGUGGCGUCCCAAGGCUUCGGGUUUUCCGCUCCAAAUAAAACAGGCGGCUUCGGUGCUGCUCCCGUGUUCGGCAGCCCUCCCACUUUUGGGGGAUCCCCUGGGUUCGGAGGGGCGCCGGCAUUCGGUUCAGCCCCAGCCUUCACAAGCCCUCUGGGCUCGACGGGAGGCAAAGUGUUCGGAGAGGGUACUGCGGCUGCCAGCGCGGGAGGAUUCGGGUUUGGGAGCAGCAGCAACACCACAUCCUUCGGCACCCUCGCAAGUCAGAACGCUCCGACUUUCGGAUCACUGUCCCAACAGACCUCUGGUUUCGGGGCCCAGAGCGGGGGAUUCUCUGGCUUUGGAUCGGGUGGAGCAGGAUUCAGCUUUGGAUCUUCUAAUUCGUCUGUCCAGGGCUUCGGAGGCUGGAGAAGCUGAGUGGGUGUCGGUGUUCCUUUCCGUUCCUGUGACCAGCUGCAUCCUCAGCCGCUCUCGCUGAGCCGCGCCGGAGCAGCCCUUGCCCGUGAACAUUCGCCCUGAAACAUACCCAGAAAGAAACAGCAGAAACCAAAACUCUAGUGACGCGUGAUCGCUUGUUUGUUUCCUUUCUAUUUCGUGUUGGUUGUCGUGCCCCCCAGCCCCGCGCCGUCCCCCACUAUUAAACUCUGGUCUGUUUCCGUGCUGAACGCAUGGGGCUUCUGUCAGGUCACUGCCUGGGAGAGAGGUUUCCUCGUGCCUGGGGCUCUGAGAAACCUUCCUGGCCUUCCGCCCGCAGGCGGUGUGCGUCUUCGAGGGUGGCACCAGAUGUCGGCCGCGUCGGGGACGGACGCACGGAGAGGGCGCGCCGGAGCUUCUCCCAAGACUUUUGAGGCCGUAACUUGGCGUCUCCUUUCCGUGUCCUUGCUGCUCUUGGCUCUCAGGACCCUCCAGGCCCCAGCCUGGGCGACUGAGUGGAGGCCCGAGAAGCCCCGCACGCGGGCAUCAGCUGCGUCUCAGAAGAGCUCGUGGCACCUAAAGGGAAGAUGCAGGGGGCCGUGAGGCGAGCUGGAAAAGAGCCCCGUGGGCGCCAGUGAUGGGGCCACCGCCCCCUGGAUGAGCCCUGUCAGCUCGUCUUCUCGGUCUGGCUCUGGGGGCCGCAUGUCCCGCAGCUGAUUUCUCCGACUCUAGAGAGGCGUGGUGCAGAAGCGCGCCCUUAUCUCCAGUGACCGUGACUGGUCACCAAGCCUGGCCCAUUGUCUGUUAACCGCAGGGCAGAUAACCCUGGGGUGGCCGGGAACUGAGGCGACAUCGCUGCGGCCGGCGCCACAGACGCCACAGCCCGUGCUCGCCAGCGUGGUGGGCGGAGCCCAUUUUCAGUCUGGUCCCCGGGGGGAGCGCGGGACCCUUCAGGUCUGGGCGUUUUCACUGCUUAGGCCUGUGGCGCCCUAAGCAGUUGUGACAAGCAAGGACAGCCUCUCGCCGCAGUCGGGCCGGGAUGCGGUGGUGCAUUUGGCUCAGGUCGUGGCAGGGGAGGGUCAGGAAGGGCUGUUCAGAGUUUUACAUAUUGGAAAGUUCUAUUUUAAAAUGCUUUAAUAAAAGUUUUCCACGUGAUUGAAUCUGU